CGUAUCUUUCAUCACCAGAGAGCCUCACAGCAAAAGGGUAAUACCAGAAAGCAUAGGCGCACUGCAGACUGCACCGCUCUCCUUUAGAAUCCGAAUCUUUCCACCUUUCUAUUUUUCUUUCCAUUUCCUUAUCUUUUUCUAAACCUUUUAGUUUGAUAAGUUGAUUUUCUUUUUUUGUGGUUUUGAUUGGUAUAGUUCGAUUCGUUUCAGAUUUCCCAUUUCUUUAUCUUUUCUUCUGCAUGCCUCAUUUGUUCAAAUCUCUCUUUAGCUGCUAGCCUUCGCUGAAAAAUCUGUUCUUUCUCGUUCUUGAUCAAGCUUUCUCUUGGGAUAUUUGAGAUUUUCACGGCUGCAAUGUCUUUCAGAGGGCUCGGUCGGCCAAAUGCUUCAUGUGCCAUGGGGGUUUCUGAUGAGAGCAAGAACACUUUCAUGGAGCUGCAGAGGAAGAAGCUUCACCGCUAUGUGAUAUUCAAGGUUGAUGAGAAGAAGAGAGAGGUUGUAGUUGAAAAGAUUGGUGGUCCGGCGGAGAGCUAUGAUGAUUUUGUGGCAGCUUUACCUGAUAAUGAUUGUCGAUAUGCCGUAUAUGACUAUGAUUUCGUAACUUCUGAGAACUGUCAAAAGAGCAAGAUCUUCUUCAUCGCAUGGUCCCCUUCGGCCUCUCAAAUCCGUGCGAAGAUGCUCUACGCCACAUCUAAAGACAGGUUUAGGAGGGAGCUGGACGGUAUCCACUACGAGAUUCAGGCUACUGACCCAACAGAGAUGGAUCUUGAGGUGCUCAGAGACCGUGCCCAUUGAAAUCUCUGCAGUACUAAAACACAUCUUCCUUGGUCAAUCAAAAUCUCUAGGGUUCUGUAAGUUUGUUCUGCUGGCUUCACUAUGUUAGAACCCAUCACCGGCACAAAACUGCAUUACUGUUGCUUGAAUAAACUGGCAGAUCAGUUAGCAGGUACAAAAAGUAUGGUUUGAUGUUAUCUUCUUGUUUCAGGAUUUAAUUACCUUUAGGUGAUUAAAACCCGAAAAUUGUUGCUAUAUACAUUUGGUCACUUAUGGAUUUAUGUUUGCGGAGCAAGAAAUACACCAAGUCAUUGAUCUUU